AUGGCGGACGCUGCUCCCGGCCUCCGGCUCCUCCAGCUGGUCGAGGAGUGUAGGCUCAAGGCGGAGGCAAAUGCAGCCACCGAGGCCCUCCUGCGUGCCGCCACGGUCGCCGCCGGCCGCAACUCCGGCUCUGCGAACGACGGCGAGGGCGGAGGCACCGCGUCGCCACUCUCCUCCCACUUUUCCUCUGAAUUUAUCGCGUUGGGCAAGACCGCCAAUGAGGAGGAUGACAGCGACGGCGCGGCCCACCUCUUUGCUGCUGCUUUUGUGCUGCUGCCGCGCGUGUCCACUCUCUUCUCGUUCGCCAACAUGCGCCUCAAGAAGGGGCGGGUGCACGCUGCGCGGGAGAUCUACCGGCGAGUGGCCGACGCAGAGCACAAUGAUGACGGCACAGUCCCCACAUAG